AGUAAAAAUAAUCGUGAAGAUGACGUCUGUAGAUUCGGGCGUUGAAACUGGUAAUGAAUCUAAUGACAGUGGGCAAGCUGAGGGUCAAUUAUUAUUUGUAUCUCCGUCAACGAAUUCAGUUAAAAGAGGAAGAGUUCAGGAUGUCAAGAAGAUCCCGGAACACAAUGGAAAACAGUUGGAGCUUGUGAUGGAAAGUAAUGAGGAAAUAACUCCACCCAAAACAAUCGUCUGUCUACCACAGAAUUCUCACUCACUGCCUCUUAAUUUAAAUUCCCUCGACAAGGCCGUCCAGUUUAAUUUUCCAGAGUACAUGUCUGACACAAAAUUAGUGGAUAACACGAAGGACCAAUGGUGUGUGAAUAGAUUUAUGCCAAGGAGAUUAAAUAAAUUAUGCUACAGAAGAAUGAAAAGAAUUCCCUACAGAAACCAGUUGCGCUUUCAGAAAGAUUGGGAGAGGAGAAUGCGGAUGGCUGCAGCAACGAAUAAUGUAGAAUUAGUGACGAAUCUUCUAGAAAAAGGUGUAUCACCAAAUAAUACUGACUGCCAGGGGCGUUCGCCUCUCCACAUGGCCAGCUCCAGUGGUUACACGGAUGUUGUAAAAGUGUUACUGGAUUUUGGAGCUAAUCCCAAUAUGACUGACACCCUGGGAAAUACCCCAUUGCAUCUGGCAGCUGUCACUUCAAAAAUGCCAAUCGUUGUCUUGCUGUUGAAAGCUGGUACCAAUGUAUUGUCAUCUGAUCGACAUGGGUACAAUCCUCUUCAGCUUGCCCAAACGAAACUCAGAAUGCUCCAGAAAUCUGGUGGAUCUGAGCUCAGUGUUGUCAAGGAGGAAGUCCACAAGGUCGUGGAGAUGCUCAUGGCAUAUCUACAGCAGCAGAAAAAUGUUGACCUACAAAUCGAAGCUUUGAGCUCAUUCUGUGCUAGACUCUCAGUAUCACACACCACUGAUCAAGUCCAGGAUGAUGUCAAGAAUCUUCUUGCCAGCAUUGAUUCACUCAGUUUGAGUAAUAACUGAAGAAUUAUCGUUGAUUUUUUAUUUUCCAUUUUUGUUAUUCCUCUCGCGCGCGUGUUUUUUCAUGUUCACAUUGAAUUUCACGUCAUGAGGUCCUCUUUGACAGGAUAAAAUCAUUUUUUGAUAGAGAAUUUAUAAGGAGAGAUUUAUUGAAGCAUUUUUGUCGCGAACUUCGCCUUUUUUUUAUUUGAAUCUUCCUUCGAGAUUUUUUUAACGCACAAAAACGAGUAGAAUAAUUCUGCCCACGGAAAAUUGAUGAUGAACUGAUAUCAAUAACCUGUUAAAUGUUAAAUCAUAAAUAAUGACUGUUUCUAUAAAAAAUAUUGAAUAAAUUCCUGUAGAAAAUCGCAUUGUCUGAAAAAAAAAGGGGAAAGAGUUUACGACUGUUCCCUUUAAACUGAAAAUAAAUUCAAUUUAAUUUCCA